GGUUCUUUUAGCCCCGCCCACUUUUUUGAAACGUCAACAGCGCCAAACUCCCUUUUGUCCUCGGACUGGAAAAAUGGGCACCGACGAACCGCAGUGGAAGAAAAUCCAUUACGCUACAGGAGUAAUACCGCGGUCCAGACACGGGCACCGAGCAGCGGCCAUCCGGGAGCUGAUUGUCGUGUUCGGAGGAGGAAACGAAGGAAUAGCGGAGGAUCUCCAUGUUUACAACACCGUGUCAAAGCAGUGGUUUCUCCCUGCGGUGAGGGGCGACAUCCCUCCUGGCUGUGCUGCCCAUGGCUUCGUCAGUGAAGGGACUCGAAUUCUGGUUUUUGGCGGCAUGGUUGAAUUUGGAAAAUACACAAACAGCCUCUAUGAACUUCAGGCUAGUCGCUGGCUGUGGAAGAAGCUAAAACCAAGAGCACCCAGGAAUGCCGCACCUCCCUGCCCUCGGAUUGGUCACAGCUUCACCCUUGUUGGCAACAAAUGCUACCUGUUCGGAGGAAUGGCCAAUGAUAGUGAGGACCCCAACAGGAAUGUGCCACGGUACAUGAAUGACUUCUACGAACUGGAGUUGCAGUCGAUAUCUGGAGUGAGAGGAUGGAGUGUUCCCGAGACGAAGGGCGGUGGUCCGACAGAACGGGAGUCCCACACCACUGUAGCCUACACUAACCUAGGCUCUUCAAAGCUUUAUAUUUUUGGAGGAAUGCAAGGAUGCCGGUUAGACGACCUCUGGCAGCUUGAUCUUGACACAAUGAUGUGGUCAACACCUGAAACCAGUGGUUUUCAUCCCUUGCCCAGAAGCCUUCAUUCUGCUAAUGUCAUUGGAAACAAGAUGUACAUUUUUGGUGGCUGGAUUCCCAUUCCAGAGAUGGACAAACCAAAUGCCUUAGAAGCUGAAUGGAUUUGCACAAAUAACUUAAGUGUGCUCAACUUAGACACUAUGGUUUGGCAGAAUCUUGGCCCAGAACAGCAGGAUGAUGUCCAGUCCCAGCUGCAGAGCCAGGGUCCCCACAUUGAUGACCCUUAUGCCUCUAGGCCCCGAGCCAGGGCUGGUCAUUGUGCUGUUAGUGUUGGGUCCAGACUUUAUAUCUGGAGUGGGCGAGAUGGAUACAGAAAGAGUUGGAACUACCAGGUGUGCUGCAAGGACUUAUGGUAUCUAGAGACUGAGCGACCGAACACCCCACAGACUGUGUUCCUGAUCAAAUCCACAGUCAACAUGCUGCACGUGGCCUGGCGCCCCCUCCCCUCGGCAGACUGCUACGUCCUUCAGCUGCAGCCCAUGUGUCCUCAAAGUACUGCAGCCAAAGAGCCACAAAUCAAACAAUUCGAUCCAUCCGGUGCAGAGCAACAGGAGAUGGAUAAAAACAAAGCAGCUGUCCAGCACGUUCAAUCUCAAAGUGACAGCAGUGCUAAAAACGAAGCGGCAGCAUCAGCACAGGCUGGGCCAGUGGAGAAGGAAGCUCCAGAGAAAACAUGUAAUGGUUCUGCUGAGGACAAAGCAGAGGGAAUGAGGAGCUGUGGGCCAGAGGGAGAUUCAAACACAAGACGCAGCACUGCUGGACUGGAAACCUCUGAAAAAGACACCCCCAGAACAGAAAAACAGCCUGUCACAGCUGGUAAACCAAAAGAGUUCUCCAACCAGACAGAGCAGGUCAAGCAGAAUCAAGGAGCAGCACAGUGGUUUGACGUUGGUGUGUUCAAAGCACUCUUCUCUGAGGUCACUCACUAUUUGCUACCACCUGACAAUGACCAAACAACUACACCUGUUGGGAACCGGCCGCCAAACGCUAAAGAGCCCAUCCACCAGAAGAACCUGUCGGCGCUUCAGGACUACCAGGGUAGAGAGAAGCAGGAACUGGCUCCAGGACAGACCUACAGAUUCAGAGUUGCCGGAAUCAACUGCUUCGGCCAGGGAGAAUUCAGCUCAGUCAGUGAAUUCAAGACCUGCCAACCUGGCUUCCCUGGAGCGCCCUCUGCUGUAAAAAUUACCAAGGGAAAUGAUUCAGUCCAAAUCACGUGGGAGGCUCCGUCAUCCCCAUCGGGCCGGAUCCUGGAGUAUUCCAUGUACAUGGCAGUGAAGAAGAGCCGCUCCACCAACUCAGAACGUCCAGGUCAGAUGGCCUUCAUCCGAAUUUACCGCGGCACCAAGACAUCCUGCUCAGUUGGCUACGACCAACUGGAGAACGCGCACAUAGACUCUUCCGCCUCCAACCGGCCUGCCGUCGUUUUCCGCAUUGCUGCCAAGAAUGAGCUGGGUUACGGCCCGGCAACGCAGAUUCGCUGGAUUCAAGAUCCCACUAAAAUGCGAGCGUCUGCAUCCAGGGUAGACAGCGGCGCUGAGGCUGACCAGGAUGCUGCAGACAGCUCGAGCUGAAGAUUUGUGGAAAGAAUACAAAAUCUGCACUCAGGAAUCUGACUCCUACAUCUCUAAGAUAUUUUUAAUUUAUUUUUUAUGUAUUUAAUUGUUGUUGUACAUGUUCUCUCACUGGAUUUUUGCUGACACAAAUAUUUUAUUAACAGUAAAAUGUGACAUGAUGUCAGAAAUGGAGUGAGAUAUUUAAACUUCAGCUGUCACUGAUGCUUUUAUAUUUUGUAGAUUUGAAUGAAAAAUAUUUUUUUAAUGAACAAGUUUUAAUGUAACAAAACUAAGGUUAUUAAAUAACUACCAGUGUCUUGAUUUCA